UUGCUUUCUCUCUUCGUCCCUCUGCCGGCACAAGCAUACUCGAUACCUUACCCUUACUGUUACUGGGAGUCAAAUAAGUCUCAUAGAAAUGUCGGAAGCAACACCUACAGAAUCACAGUCGGAGAUUCAGAUCAACGUCAAAGGUCCGAGCGAGCUGAAGCUGCAGAUAUCCAUCACCAGGGACAAGACGGUGCGGGAGCUGAAGCAGGCGAUCGCCGAUAAGUCGGACGUAGAGGCGGAUAGGCAGAGGUUGAUCUACUCUGGACGAGUGCUGAAGGACGACGAUGCUCUCUCAAUUUACAAAAUACAAUCUUCCCACACCAUUCACAUGGUCAAAGGCGCCGCGCGAUCCGCCAAUCCAUCAUCCUCCACUUCUUCUACCGCAACACCGCAACAGCUACCUACAAUGCAGGCCGGCCAGAACGUUCACGACCCGUUGACGCAACUCAAUAGUCAUUUGGGGUAUGGGGCUAUGGCGGGGCUGAACCCGUUUGCGGAUAUGGGCGUGAACCCCAAUGACCCAAAUAUGCUUCAAGGGAUGAUGAACUCUCCGGAAUUUCUCCAACAGAUGUCCGCCGUCAUGUCCAACCCAGCAAUCCUGGACCAAAUCAUCGCCUCGAACCCACAACUAGGCGCGAUGGGUCCUCAGGCCCGUGAGAUGCUCCAGAGCGAGCGGUUCAGGCAGAUGAUGUCGAACCCUGAGACCCUUCGCUCUAUGCUCCAAAUGUCCACCAUGCUCCGCGAAGCAGGUCUCGGCCCAGCUGGAAUGGGAGGCAUGGGCGGUGGCAUGUUCGGUGGCGGCGCAGGCUCGUUCCCCGCCCCUGGCGAUCCCAACGCACCUCCCGCUUCUUCUACCCCCGCGACUGGCACGGCCGGUGCGACACCGACAAGCCCGGGUGGGGCAGGACUGGGUGGGGCAGGUGGAAUGUUCGGCGGUAUGGAUCCGAAUGCGUUGAUGUCAUUAUUGACAUUGUCGGGCGGGGCCCCUGGUGUUGCGGGCCCUGGGGCGGGAGGCGCUGGAGCGGGUUUUAACCCGUUCAUGGGGACGGGUGGGGGAUGGGGAGCUCCGGGUGGUGGUGCGUUUGGAGGUGCGGGAGGAUUUGGGGCAGGAGGAGCGGGGAGUCCGACGACGCCGAGCGAUACGAGGCCGCCGGAGGAGAGGUUUCAGGUUCAGCUGCAGCAAUUGCAAGAUAUGGGCUUCUCGAACGCGGCGCAGAACGUAAGGGCGUUGUUGGCGACGGGUGGGAACGUGCAUUCGGCGAUCGAGUAUAUCCUCGGCGGGGGAGGGUUGUAGGUCUGCGAGUCUUCGUGUCCACGUCUUGACGUGCGUGGAGGGGGGUCGUACGAUCACAGGAGCGUGUUUGGAGUGGAGAUGGGGUCCUCUUACUAGAGCCUAUUCGGACGAGUCAGCUCCGAGAAGAAGUCCAGAAAGCAAUGUACUCGAGAUAACGAGGAGAGGACAUUUGAGCGGGUGAUACUGAAUGUACAAAGAUUCGAGAAGACGAGACAUUAUGUGUGUGGAUCACUUUCUGAACGUUCACGGUCUUGCUGUUAUGUACGUAUUUUUGUGUUUGUAGGCUACCACUGAAGAUGAACCAAGAAGUCGUCGAGCGUGUAUUCUGAUACGAAUGUUUCAUCGAGAG